AUGUCUUUGGUGGAUGCUAUCAUCAGAAGCAUGUGCGACUUGAAUGAUCCCUGUCGUAGAGUAGAUCCGAUAACUUUACCAGACCUGGAGUACGACUAUAUUGUUGUUGGAGGCGGAAGUGGGGGAUCUACGGUUGCAGGAAGAUUAGCUGAAAGUAGGAGAGGAAAGGUGUUGGUAAUUGAAGCAGGAAUUGAAGAACCAACUGUCAUGCAAAUACCCAGCAUGGUUAUGGCUUUUGGGACAAAUGAAGAAGUAGAUUGGGGUUACAAGACUGAACCGGAACCACUUGCAUGUCGAGGUAUUUGUC